AUGUACGAUUGCACCACUGCUACCGGCGGCAUCGGCGCUGUCACGGUGGGCGGUGUGAUUGGCGAUAAUGCAGCGUGUGCGCUUAGCGGCGGCGGCGGUGGACCACAGGGUGCGGUGGACAAGCCGUUCCUCUUGCAGGACGGACGUGUCGGCUUGCGGGCGAGCCUCGAUAAGGCCUGGUAUACGCAUGGCGAGGAUGUCUGCGUGACGGUGAAUAUUAAGAACGACAGCCGCAAGACGGUGCGGAAAGUGCGGGUGUGCGCCAUUCAACACGUCGACGUAUGCAUGUUUAACAAUGGCAAAUUCAAAAAUAUUGUCGCUGACUCAGACAACAGUACGCCCGUGGAUCACACAGUAGCACCCGGCAGCACAUUAAACACCACAGUCAUACUAAAGCCACAACGUGGUCAAACGAAAAACUGGAUUGCGCUCGAAGACACAUUGCAGCGCAAUACGGAGCCCGAAGAGAUCACCGGCAGCAUUGCUGCCUCAGCGGUACGGUCACCAAAUCUUAUACUUGCGCCCGGGCAGUCCAUAAAUCCUUGCCCUAGUCCAGCCGUUGGCAUACCGCAACCGAGCGGUUAUCAUGGACACGGUGUGUCUGGCGUUGUAGGCGACGAUCGCAACGUCUUUGCCAUUUAUGUGUCCUACUAUGUGAAGGUAAAGUUGACCUUGAGCGGCAUGGGUGGCGAACUGUCGCUAAAGUUGCCCUUCGUGCUAGUACAUGUCGAAGAGCCAAAAGUUGAGCAUAAAGUGGAAAGACUUGAAUUAGACGAUGUACCGGCUGGUAAACGUAACGGCAACAAAAUCAAAGACGGCGCUAUCACAUCGACAGCCGGUAUAACGGCAACUACGUCACGCAAAGAUGGCAAUGGACGUCUCAACACGCAUCUGCAGCAACUUGAUGGCAUCGAGUCGAUAGACAAUGAGAUACGCUUGCCAAUACCGGAGACAGCUGUGCCAACGACAGCACCUGCUGCCAUCUGCAAGCCUAAGCUAUUGUGUAGCGAAACGUUAGCUAAAGGUUUGAACGAGGAAAUCGAAAAGCAGACAGAGGAGGAAACGCGAAAAGCAACUCUUAGCACCGAGGAGAGUUUGCCGAACGAAGGUGAAGAGCUGCAGCAAGUGCACAUAGUACAAAUACAUUCACAAUUAGCACAGAGCGCUGAAAAAGAAACGGUGGAAAGCCAAGAAGAGGAUGUAAAUAAGGAAGCGAAACAGAUUUUUGAGUUGAUGGAACCAGAAGAAGAUAUAAAGCAAAUAUUACAAGAUGAACCAACAAAUGAUGAAAUAGAAGAAGAAGAAGGAGAAAAAGUGGAGUCUGCGGUGGAAAAAACGUCUAAUGAGCAUCACCCUCAUCUCUCUGACGUGUGAUUUUCUUUUCUAUGCGGCGCCGUUAUACUUAAAUGACCGUAAUUUGCUUGGAAAAGAGCGCACACACAGAAAACAAAAUGACUUUCAGCAACUCUUGUCUGCGACCGAUAGCGGAGACCUGGCAGGAGCGCUCCAAUUAUUACAACGACGAACAUCCUGGCAAAUGCUUGGUGAGUGAUAAGCUCAUUCUCUCACCUGGUGAGAAGGCAAAAAUCUCUCAACUACUGUUCGGUAAAACAUUAUGGCAGUGAAAAGGGUCAUGCCACCGUUUCUGGUUUUGGCGCUGUUGGUCCAUCAAAGGGAUGCAAAUUAGGCGAUUUGGUAAAUAAGGCUGCAGCCUUUCAGGAGUGCCCGCCACAUGGUUUCGAAGGUGACUUUACGCAUGAGGCUCAACAUUAUCAAAAACAUAACGGAGACAUUUUCUCUCGCAAUUCGAAGAAUGCUGAAUUUCUGACGUAAUGGUGGCGUUUCAUUAAAUAUAAUGAUCAAGUAAUUAAGCGAUUAUAAAUUUUUGAAUGAAAAAAGUGAUAUUUCAUUAUUGUUGUUGUUAAUAUGAGAAUAAAAAUUGUUAUCUUUAAAUAAAUAUAAAGUUUUUUACUAAAUAAAAGUGGCGAGCUUAAGCACAUAAAUUU